AUGGCGGAACAGACAUUGCUGGCCAUCGAGCAGCUCCACCGGCUCGGCUACCUGCAUCGUGACGUGAAGCCGGGGAACUUUGCGCUCGGCCCGCCCUCGCGCCCCCACAACGUGCACAUCAUCGACUUUGGCCUGUCGCGCUGUUACACGUGGGGAGAGAGGGAGCUGCGCCCGCAGCGCGAACGGGCCAGUUAUCGUGGGACGACUCGAUACGCUUCUCUGGCCGCGCUGACCGAGAAGGAUCAGAGCCGGAAGGACGAUCUGGAAAGUUGGCUUUACGUGGUAAUGGAAUGGACAUCGGGCGGAUUGCCGUGGAAACGAGAAAAGGGAAAGGACAAGGCCAAGGUCGAGGCGCAGAAGAAGGAGCUGCGCACCAACGAGACCCUCCUCAACCAGGCGAUGAAGGGCUGCCCCAAAGAAACGUACGUGCGCAUCAUGCGCUACCUGGACGACCUCGAGUACUACGACGUGCCCGACUACACUUACAUCUUUGGCACGAUCCGGGACACAUUUAUGAUCAACCAUCUGGACCCGUUCGCGCCGCUGGACUGGGAGACUGGGCGCAAGUUUCAGCCCAGCGCCGAGUGCAUUGGCGAUGGGAUCCCACCGUUUACUAAGGCCGGUUUCCAGAGGCAAUGCGAGGACCAGACCCAGCAGGACCACAACAACAACGAG